AUACCUCCUCCAGGUUCAUCUUUACGCCAUCUCAUUCUCUUUUUCUAUCUUCUUUAAAUCCUGAUUCUUCCAGGAACCAUGUCCCUCCUUUUCCAGCUAUUCUAAAAAUUCCUAAACUCUCUCUCUCUCUCUCUCUCUCUCUCUCUCUUAUAAUAUAUACAUUAACAUUACCAUCAAGAAGAGAGAAAGAGAGAAGAAACUAAGCUUUCGCCUCUCUCAAAUUCUCAACAGCUAUAGCUGAGCUGAACACACAAGAGAAACCAUGGGAAGGGCUCCUUGCUGUGACAAAGCCAACGUAAAGAAAGGUCCAUGGUCACCUGAAGAAGAUGCUAAGCUCAAGUCUUACAUCGAACAGCACGGCACCGGUGGCAACUGGAUUGCCUUACCUCAAAAAAUUGGCCUUAGGAGAUGUGGUAAGAGCUGCCGUCUCAGAUGGUUAAACUAUCUUCGCCCCAACAUCAAACAUGGAGGAUUUUCCGAAGAAGAAGAUAACAUAAUUUGCAGUCUCUACAUCAGUAUUGGAAGCAGAUGGUCAAUUAUAGCGGCGCAACUCCCCGGACGAACUGAUAACGAUAUAAAGAACUACUGGAACACAAGGUUGAAGAAGAAGCUCUUGGGUAAGCAGCGAAAGGAACAACAUUCUCGUAGGCUCAGCUCCCUCAAGCAACAAGAGACGACGAAGAAAGCGUGUGGGACUCUUGUCCAUUCUGAUCAUGAAAACUACAACCAAAAUCCAUAUUGGCCUGAACUGCCUUUGGCUACACCUUUAUCACACCAGAUCCCUCAAGACCCAUGGAUUAAUGAUCAUUCUUCUGCCCUUCGGAAAUUGUUUAUCAAGCUUGGUGGAAACCCUAAUCUUCAAUGCCCACUUGAAAUUCCCUCUACCCAACACCCAAUAUAUGAGAAUUCCAUCAAUUUGCCUUCCAUGAAUUGCUUUAGUGAUAUGGGUUCUUCUCAAUUCAAUCAGAAUACCCAACUAGACCUUGCUGUGUUGGAUGAAAUGGUUUAUAGUAACCCACAAGGAUUAGAAGGGGGACUGGAGUGUUUCUAUGAUGGUCAUGGAAUGGUAAAUGAUAGCUCAGCAGGAACAAGUUCAGUAGAAAGUGUUAGUUGGGGUGAUAUAACCUCUUUGGUUUACCCUCCGGUACUAGUUCCAGACUUUGAAGUUUGCCAACAAGCUAUGUUACAAGAAUGUACUUUCGAGGAGCCCAGCAGGUACCUCGAAUCGCAAUAGCUGCACCGGGGAUCGGAUGGUACGGUGUAAAUUUGUAUCAUUAGGGGUGGAGGAGCUAGAUAAAGAUAGUGUUUGGAUUAAUAACCCUAAUAAAC